AUGGAGAUGACCUUAGAAGAUGAGCUACAAGCCUUAUUGCUCUUGGGAUCAUUGCCCGACAAUUGGGAGACCUUGGUUGUGACAGUCAGUAAUGCAGCUCCGAAUGAUGUUCUUACUAUGAAAGGUCACCAAGGAGUUAAAUGGAUAGUUGAUACUAGUGUUUGUUAUCAUGCUACACCGAAUAGAGAGUUCUUGACGACUUACAAGGCUGAAGAUCUUGGUAUAGUGAAGAUGGGUAAUACUAGUCACUCGAGCAUUUUAGUUAUUGGAGAUAUUUGUUUACAGAUAGAGCUGAGACAUCAGUUAACACUUAAAGAUGUGCAACAUAUUUCUGAUUUGCGUCUAAACUUGAUAUCAAGUGAUGCAUUGGACAAAGAUGGAUUCAAACAUUACAUUGGUAGUGGAGAAUGGAAGCUCAACAAGGGAUCAAUGAUUGUAGCAAAAGGGAAAUCGUGGCACUCUUUAUACCGAACCCAUGUGAAGAUACUCAAGAAUGGGUUGAAUGCAAUACAAGCUGAAAGCUCUUUAAAUCUGUGGCAUCAACUAUCUCUCUCUUUCAUCUUCAUCUUCAUCUCCAUAACCAUCACUAUUGUUGCUAUGUCUCCUCUCUACCUUGCCGCCAUAGCUCUAACCAUCUACAUCUUCACAAAUCAAAUCCUCCACAAAAUCAAAAACCUACCACCAACUCCAUUCCCAACUCUCCCAAUCAUCGGCCAUCUCCACCUCCUAUCAAAACCCCUUCACAAAACCCUAGCCAAAAUCUCCUCCAUUCACGGCCCAAUCACCUACCUCCGUUUCGGAUCCCGUCCAGUCCUCCUAAUCUCCUCUCCCUCCGCCGCAAAACACUGUUUCACCACAAACGACGUCGCAUUCGCCAACCGCCCCAAACUAAUGGCCGGUAAAAUCCUAGGAUACAAUUACACAAGCCUAGCAUGGGCUCCUUAUAAUGAAAACUGGAGAAAUCUCCGGCGAAUCGCUACGAUCGAGAUCUUAUCAUCUCACCGUCUUCAAUUACUAUCAAGCGUAAGGAUCGAUGAGGUUAGACGGUUAAUCUGUAGGUUAGAUCGUGGAUCUAGAAUUGAUGAAACGGUUAAUAUGAAGAAGUGUUUGUUUGAUUUGAUGUUGAAUGUUAUGACGAGGAUGAUCGCUGGGAAGAGGUAUUGCGGAGAGGAGACGGUGGAGGCGGAGAGGUUUAGGGAGAUGGUGGAGGAGACGUUUAGGGUUAGUGGGGCGUCGAAUUUGUUGGAUUUUUUGCCGGGUUUGAGAUGGAUUGGUGUUAGAGGGAUGGAGAAGAAGUUUAUUGAGUUGCAGGAGAGGAAGGAGAAAUGGUUGAAGGAGAUGAUUGAAGAACAGAAAAGAUCGGUCGGAGAUAUCAUCGGCGGCGGAAGGAAGAAGAAGACGAUGAUUGAAUUGUUGCUUUCGUUGAAGGAAACUGAGCCUGAGUAUUAUACUGAUCAGAAGAUUGGCGCCAUCAUUUGGGUUUUAUUAGCAGCUGGAACUGACACGUCAGCCGGAACAAUGGAAUGGGCCUUAUCACUCCUCCUCAACAAUCCAAAAGUCCUAAAGAAGGCCCGAGAUGAGAUAGAUGAAAAAAUCGGUUUUGAUCGAUUACUCGACGAAUCGGACUUAGCCCAACUUCCUUACCUUAAUUGUGUCAUAACCGAAACCAUGCGAAUUUUCCCUGUCGGCCCACUUCUCAUUCCCCACGAGUCCUCCGAGGAUUGCUCUAUAGGUGGAUACAGAGUCCCAUGUGGAACUAUGUUACUCGUGAACUUAAGUGCCAUACAAAAUGAUCCGGGACUUUGGGAGAACCCUAAUGAGUUUAGGCCCGAGAGGUUUGAAGGGCUCGAUGAGACUCGAGAUGAGUUCAAGUUGUUCCCGUUCGGGAUGGGACGAAGAAGGUGUCCCGGGGAGGGCUUGGCAUUGCGAAUGAUUGGGUUGACAAUUGGAUCGUUGAUUCAAUGUUUUGAUUGGGAAAGAGUGGGUAAUGAGAUGGUGGACUUGACCGAAGGGGGUGGGCUUACUAUGCAUAAGGCUAGUCCUCUUAUGGUUAAGUGUAGUUCAAGACCCAUAAUUACAAGUCUUCUCUUAAAUUCUUAAAUUACUUUUAAUUGUGAAAGCUUGUAUUAAUA